CCAUUCUAAUUUGUUAUCGACUGAGCGGAGCGUCCCUUUCUGGUCGCCCUCUUUCUCUCCUUUCCCCCCUUUCCUUCUUCCCUCCCUCCCUCGCUUGGGUUCGGGUCUCUGUCCUCUUCCACUUCGGUCGUCGCCGGCUGAGAGAGGAAAAUAUCGAACCUUCCAAGGCAGGCAGAGAUCCGUGUGAAGACCGCGUUCUCUAAGAAAGGGAAGAGGAGGGGGAGCCCACCCGGCCGUCUGACGUCCACGAUUCAUCUCUCUGUAUAAAUAUAUGUACUUCUAGAGGAAGAAGAGAGGGGGUUACCUUUUUUUUAAUUCUUUUUCCUUCGUUGAAUGAUAUGUCUUGGUUCUAGAUCGAAUUGACCUCUGCGAGCCGAGAAAGGUCUCGGAUCGGUGAGAGAAAGCCGAAACCGGGAGUCUUUUUUUUGCACCGUCUGGUCGAUCGAUUAAUUCUCAAGGAAGGUGUUUGGGAAGCGGCAGGAGAGACGAGGGAUCAUGUGGAGAGCAAAACAGCUAUGGAGGAAGGUUUGCAUGGAGACAUCUGUGGAACUGCAACUUCUUAUGGAGAAGUGGAGGCUGCUACUAGCAGGAAUCAUAUUUCAGUAUAUUCACGGUCUGGCUGCACGAGGAGUUCAUUAUCUACAUCGACCUGGACCAACUCUUCAAGAUCUUGGGUUUAUGAUCCUGCCGGAACUUGGGAAAGAAAGAGGUUAUAUCAGUGAAAGUCUGUUCACCUUCGUCUUUGUGUCCUUUGCACUGUGGACAUUUCAUCCCUUUGUUUAUCAUAGCAAGCGCUUCUACACUGUUCUUCUCUGGCUGAGAGUUUUGGCAUUUUUAGUUGCUUCUCAAGUAUUGCGGAUAAUCACUUUCUAUUCUACGCAGCUUCCUGGUCCUAACUAUCAUUGUCGUGAGGGAUCGGAGCUUGCCAGACUGCCCGCACCGAAGAGUGUAACUGAAGUACUUCUAAUUAACUUUCCACAUGGGGUCAUUUAUGGCUGUGGUGAUCUUAUAUUCUCAUCCCACAUGAUAUUUACACUAGUUUUUGUGCUUACUUACAACAAAUAUGGCUCUAAAAGGUUCAUUAAGUUUCUUGCUUGGGUUAUUGCUAUUGUUCAGAGUUUGCUUAUAGUAGCCUCCCGCAAACAUUACACAGUAGACAUAGUCGUUGCAUGGUAUACCGUGAAUUUAGUAGUAUUCUUCAUUGACAAGAAACUACCAGAAAUGCCUGAUCGUUCAAGUGGAUCCCAACCAUUGUUACCUUUGAAUGUCAAAGAGAAAGAUGGAAAAUUUAGAGAAGAUCACCGCAAAUUAUUGAACGGAAAUACAGUGGAUGCCGCUGAUUGGAGGCAGAGAGUGCAAGUGAACGGCAAGCAUGGAGAAGAUGGGAACCACAUCCAUUCCAACUCUGUAGUGAGUGGUACAUAGAUGAUUAGCCGUUGGUACAUAGUUGAUUACGGACAUCAUCGAUCAUGACCGCCUGUUUCCCCGUUGGAGAUACCAGCAUGGACUGAACUUGGAAGUGCUACAAUCACCUCGCAUCGAUUGCACGUCUUGGCUGAACUGGGCAUUGAUGCUUAUGAGUUUUAAAAAAGAAACUGAAAUUUGAUUGUUGCAUAUAAUCAUUUUGCUCCCGACAGCAUAACAUGUUCAUAUGCAUUGUUUCUUUGUCUUCAACAAUUCUUUAUUAUGCAAUCAAAGAAAGAAAAAUCUCAUCUCCUGUGGCUGUGGAUUAGUUUCA